AAAAAAACAAAACAGAAAGUAAGUCGUUGUGCAAUUCAUCUCGAGCGCUGACCACAGAAAAGGGUACAUUAAACCAUCAGUAUACAGCAUUAAUUUUCCAAUCUUCAUUUUAGUGUUGACGACUUGAACCGACAUUAAGUGAAAUGGCAUUUUAUAACCAGGAACCGUUUUACAACCCGAGCAUUCCAUUCGCUGGCUCCGUCCAAGGUGGCUUGCAAGAAGGGAAAACCAUAACUGUUAGUGGUCGAAUUUCGCCUAGGGCUGAGAGGUUCCAUGUCAAUUUACAGUGUGGUUCUAGAUCAGGGGCAGACAUUGCCCUUCAUUUUAACCCUCGGUAUGACAGCUGCCCUGGAUACAUUGUCACCAACACUUUCCAGCUGUCCUCAUGGGGGAAGGAAGAGCGGAAGCAGAACUCACCUUUCACCCCUGGUUCCAGUUUCACCUUAAUUAUUACAGUCCAACGUGAUUCAUACAAGUUGAAUGCCAAUGGAUGCCAUAUCAUGGAUUACCGGCAUCGCAUCCCCUUCAAUGCAGUGGACACCAUUUCAGUUGGGGGGAAUGUGGAAGUGACCUCUAUUGCCUUCCAAAACCCUGCACCCUACUUCCCUCCACAACCAGCAUUUCCUGGAUUUCCUGCCCAGCCAGGAUUUCCUGCCCAGCCAGGAUUUCCUGUCAUGCCAGGUUUUCCUGCCCAACCAGGUUUUCCUGCCCUACCAGGUUAUCCUGCCCAACCAGGUUAUCCUGCCCAACCAGGAUUCCCCCCUCACCCAGGAUUCCCUCCUCAACCAGGAUUUCCAGCACAACAAGGAUAUGUUGUCCCAUACAAGACCAUCAUUAAUGGUGGACUUCAUCCUGGCCGGACUAUCAAUAUCCAGGGAAUAGCUAGCUCUAAUGCCAAAAGGUUCCACAUUAACCUGAGCUUUAACACAGGCAUUGCGCUGCACUAUAAUCCCCGUUUCGAUGACAAUGUUGUGGUGUGUAACAGCAAGCUGAGAGACCAAUAUGGAAAAGAGGAGAGAUGUGGAGGGAUGCCUUUCCACAGAGGCCAGCCCUUCACGGUGAUGAUUUCUUGUGAGGCUCAGUUCUUCAGGAUUAUAGUCAAUGGGAAUCAGACUAACACCUACAUAUAUCGUCACCCCCAUCUCCAACAGAUUGAUGUUCUAGAAGUAUGCGGAGAUGUCACUUUGACCUAUGUUAUGUUUUAAUUUCUACCUGUGGUUGGUUGCCAGGCAGAAAGGGCUAAAAUAAAAAAUGUUCUGUAAUGUGCAAAUAAUAGUUUUCCAUGGGAAGAUUGAGGUUCAUGUUGUUUAAUUGUAACUUGUUUAACUACAUGCUCUUAUGGUUCUUCCCUUUGGGACUUAUUUGUUUUUUUACAAAGCAUGCUUGAUGUUUUGGCUACCCCGAAUGUUUGGGCUAUCUUGUUGUUAUGAUCAGUGACCUAUGCACUUUUGUAAAGCUCUCUCUUGGAAGUCGCUUUGGAUAAAAACGUUUUUUUUUUUUUUUCCUUGCCAUACCUUACAUCCGGCACUGAUUUGCAGUCAUAGGCACUCAGGGAUAGAUUUAUGAAGCCGUUUGCGCCUGUUUCCAGACGUUAACUGUUGCAAAGACUGACUUAACCGAUACGGGCUAUUUACAAACAGGGCGCACUUGGGUAAAAUUGCAGAUUGCCUGCCACAUGAGUGAGAACAGGCAAGUUUUGCUUUCAAUAUGCGUUUGUGGGAGGGUCAUGGGGAAAGUGUGAGGGUCAUGGGGAAAGUGUGAGGGUCAUGGGGAAAGUGGGAGGAUCAUGGAGAAAGUGGGAGGAUCAUGGAGAAAGUGGGAGGAUCAUGGAGAAAGUGGGAGGAUCAUGGAGAAAGUGGGAGGGUCAUGGGGAAAGUGGGAGGGUCAUGGGGAAAGUGGAAGUUCCACCCAAAAAGGUAGGAGGAUACGUGUAAAGUGCGCCUAAUUAUAUAUUCUGCGGUAUUUACAAAGUCUGCCAGUAAGAGCGCGCCUCUACUCUGCGGGGGAAAUUCUCCGCCUCUUAAAAGCAGGUGUAAACCAGGAGCGCGUUUUCCCGUGUGUACAAAUUUACCUUAUUCAAUGGCAGCAGUGAUCCGAGCAAGGCGAAGACAGGCAAAUUUUUUUCAGAGGGUGUGGAUGUUCUUCAUGUUUGUAUGCUUCAUGUUUUGGUUACCCGCAAUGUUUUUGGGGCUAUCUCGUCUUUUAUGAUCAUUGACCUAUGCAUUUUUGUAAAGCUCUCUCUUGGAAGUCGCUUUUGAUAAAAGCGUCUGCUAAAUGAAUGCAUGUAAAUGUUCUGCCCUGUAAUAUGUUCAGGUUUGCUGUUACUUAAUUCACGUUGCUAAAUUUAAAAUUGCGCUUUCUUUUUCCUGUAGGAAGGUCCAUGAUAGAAACAUGUGAGCCCAUUGUUCUUUUAGAGGCAGGCUAAUUACACUUGAGGGCGGAGUAUGCCUGAUCUCAUGGGCGAAUCUAGCCCUACAAAAGUUUCAUUAGCCAGUUUUUCUGGGUCACAGGAAAAAUUAUAGGUUUUACCCCCCAAAAGUGGGAACCUAGAUUCGCCCCUGCUUGAUCUAUUUCCUAAUCUUCUGCAAUAUUAAUCUAUGCAUGCUGGAAAAACAUAACAAAAAUAUUAACAAAAAAUGUGACUCAAUAUUGCAUCAAACACUUCUUGUUAUUUAAAUGUUUUAAUUGUAAUCGAUUUUAAGGCUUAAGCAUAUUCAUUGCAUUGUAAUUGUCUUAAUUUACACUUUGUAAAACCUUUUUACAAUAAACACAAAAAAUAAGGUGUAA